UGUUAUUAAAAAUUAUUAAAUUGAGCUAAUAAAGUUCCCAUCUCCUCCGGUUGAUGAGAAACUUCUUAAGCCUCGACACGCGAAAGCGUAAAAUUGAAGCGAGUGGGCACGCCAUUUUGGUUUUUCAGCUUUUGAGCUUUAGGCUUAGUAAUCAAAACAGGAGCAGGAGAGAGAGAGAGGGAGAGCUGGACAAUGGCACACUCCACGGUGCAGCCGAGCCGGUCGAGAGACCUGGACAAGCUGCUUCUCAGGCCCGGCAAUCUUGUCGCCCCUACCUUUGAACCUGGUGCCCAAUUGAGGGAUGAUCUUCAAGAGUAUGUUCGAAUAUUGGUGGUGGGAGCCGGUGGAUUAGGCUGCGAGCUGCUAAAGGACUUGGCCCUAUCCGGUUUUAAGAAUCUCGAGGUCAUCGAUAUGGACCGUAUCGAGGUUUCUAAUCUCAAUCGCCAGUUCCUCUUCAGGCUUGAAGAUGUUGGUAAGCCAAAGGCUGAAGUUGCAGCCAAGAGGGUCAUGGAAAGAGUUAGUGGUGUGAAUAUUGUGCCCCACUUUUGCCGUAUUGAAGACAAAGAAAUCGAGUUUUAUAAUGAUUUUAGUAUUAUUGUGCUUGGUCUUGAUUCCAUUGAGGCUCGGAGCUAUAUAAAUGCUGUAGCUUGUAGUUUUCUUGAGUAUGAUUCUGAUGACACUCCUCGGGAAGAAACUAUCAAACCCAUGGUAGAUGGUGGGACUGAAGGUUUUAAAGGCCAUGCUAGAGUUAUUAUGCCGGGUGUCACACCAUGCUUUGAGUGUACCAUCUGGCUUUUCCCUCCUCAAGUCAAGUUUCCUUUGUGCACUCUUGCAGAAACCCCUAGAACUCCUGCUCAUUGUAUUGAAUAUGCUCAUUUAAUUAAAUGGGACGAGGUUCAUAGUGGAAAGACAUUUGAUCCAGAUGACCCAGAACAUAUGAAGUGGGUUUAUAAUGAGGCUGUCAGGAGAGCAGAGCUUUUUGGCAUUCAAGGAGUUACAUAUUCACUUACUCAGGGUGUUGUGAAAAACAUCAUACCAGCUAUUGCUUCCACCAAUGCAAUUAUUUCAGCUGCAUGUGCAUUGGAAACGUUGAAGCUUACAUCAGGAUGCAGCAAAACUCUAUCUAACUACUUAACGUAUAAUGGUGUGGAAGGUCUUCAUAUUAAAGUAACUGAAUUUGUGAAGGACAAGGACUGUCUUGUUUGCGGUCCAGGUGUUCUUAUCGAGCUAGACACUUCAGUUACAUUACAAAAGUUUGUUGAUAUGCUUGAAGAGCAUCAUAAGCUGUUAUUAUCAAAAGCAAGCAUCAGACACCGAGGGAAGAAUUUGUACAUGCAGGCACCCCCAGUUCUAGAAGAGAUGACUCGAUCGAAUCUAAGUUUACCUCUAUUUGAACUUAUGGGCAAAGUGCCAAAAGACAUUGUGCAUGCGACAGGUACGGCUGGCCAAAACGGCAGUAAAACCUCUUGUCUGAGAAAAUUACGAGUUGUUUUCAGGGGAACCGAUGGGAUCACAGACAUGGACAUGGCGGGUGGGGCCUAAUAUCUUCUUGCAGAGCGCAUCUCAUCUCCAGAAAGAUAUUCAUUUUAGAAAUAUCCUCUACUGAAGACACAAGUUGGUGAGCAACCUAAAUUAUAUUUUUAUGACAAUUUAUCAAAAGGAUUUGUUUCACCAAAGAGAGUGACGUUACUAACAAAGAUAUUUAUUUUUAUCAUCUUCGCAAGGAGAGAUUAAUGUACAGUUAGACCAUAUGUGGUCUCUCUAUGAGCAGUUGCAACUUACACUGGAAAAAUGGAAUUAUUUUUGACAUAAUUCCUUUUCCUUCUAUAGACAAUCUUUGAGGAAAAGAUUGAAUUCACAAUGAAUUGUGUUUAAAUAAAAUUUUUUUUUCUAUUCA